AUGGAGUCGGCGAAGCAGGGAACGUUGACUUUUGGGAGUAGACAUCGAGCGGAGCGAGAACAGUUCGUUCAUCUUCGCUGCAAUCCGACCGUUGUUCGAGAUGAAGAUGCCGUCUCCGAAGCUAAUGGACUGCAUUUCGGUCUGUGGACUCCAUAUGUGGACGACAAUUUCGUCGUAAUUGAGCGAUAUCAGAUGCUGACAUUCAAAGAACGUACAAACGUCAUCUUCCUGGACAUUCGAUUUAAGAAGGGGGAAGAGCAGAACAACCAGCUGGCCUUUCUGGGUGUCCACGUUUGCCGCAAAGACGAUGGUGCUGCAAAAAUGUAA